AUGGUGAUUUCUCGAAUGCUACUUGGAAAAGAUAUGUGUAGUUCAAUCAAUAACAGUUCUUAUAAGUUCUUUACGACAAGAAAAUAUCGGAAAUCUAUUCAAGAAGGAGAAAGUGGUACUAACAUUCUGAAAUCUGAAGGAAAAGAAUCAAACUUGUUGGCAAAAAGGUUCACCAGAUUUCUGAAUACAAGUGAAACUGAUAUCAAUCCCAAGGAUGUUCGGAAGUUGUGUAAGGAUCAACAUCUACAGCGAACAAACCUAUGCAUGAUGGUCAAAUCAAACACUUCUGAAAUGUGUGCAGAACAAGGGAAAAAGCAAUCAAUGUGGUGUUUGGACAAUGGUUGCUCUAGACACAUGACAGGUGAUCCAACCAGAUUCAUCAGUCUAUCUCAUAAGACAAGUGGCCACGUUACAUAUGGAGACAACAAUAAGGGUAAAAUUGUUGGAAAAG